AUGGUUCGUCAGCUCAUGAGCCUGGAUUCAACGCUGGCUCUUGUUUCAAGUCAGGAGGACGCUUCCCCGUUGUACCUAGCCAUCUCUCUCGGAUACCACGACAUUGCCCAGAUGAUGUACAACAAAAGUGGUGGUCAACUAUCCUGCUCCGGACCAAACGGACAAAAUGGGUUGCACGCAUCUGUUCUAAGGAGCGGAGGUAUUCAUCUCCUGUCGAACUGUUGCCGGACGAUAGAGCCCCCUUUACAUCGAUCAAGAUCCAUUUACUAACAGUAUUCACACGCACUUGCAGCAAUGACAGAAAUGCUACUGAACUGGGACAGUACACUCGCCAUGAAAAGAGAUGAACACAGGAGCACGCCUCUUCACUAUGCUGUCUCAGUGGACAACCGUUCAUGUAUCAACAUCUGCUGGUUUCCCUUCUACAGGACGCUGAACGUCCCAAUACUUGACCUGUUGAAAGCUAACAGAUUUGCAGCGUUCCAGUCUGAUCUAACUGGGAAAUUCCCCAUACACAUUGCUGCAUCCAUGGGCGUCAAGGAGGCAAUCUCCAUUCUGCUCGAGGAAUGCGAAGAUUGCGCCGGUCUACGCGACAACAGUGGAAGGACCUUCCUCCAUGUUGCUGUGGAGAGAAAGAGGCAUAAUGUAGUGAAGUUUGCUUGCAAAAACACAGAGUUGUCAUGGUUGCUGAAUAUGCAGGACAGUGACGGGAACACUGCCCUUCACCUAGCUAUCCAGGAAGGCGAUCUUGGGACAUUUGGCUGUCUUUUGGGGAACCAGCAAGUUUGCCUGAAUUUAGUUAAUAACAAUGGGCUUACUCCCCUAGAUCUCUCGGAGAGCAAGAUUCCUGCACAAUUCAGUCUUAGAUGGACUGCCAUGAACUUGAUGUACGAAACACUGAAAUGUGCCAAGGCCGAGCGCGGUAACAUUCGCAGAGACCGUUUUGAGGCAAAGUACACUCGUCAAGCAGAUAUCGAGAAUGAGUCCCAGCGUCUUACGAAGCUAGCCCAGGUUGCCAUCAUCGGGUCGGUGCUCAUCGCCACGGUCACGUUCGCCGCGGCCUUCACGCUGCCCGGAGGAUACCGCUCCGACGACCGCGCCGACGGCGGCGCGGCAACGCUCGCCGGCGGGAGGAGCUACACCUUCGACGCGUUCGUCAUCGCCGUCACGCUGGCCUUCGUCUACUCCUCGCUCGCGACGUUCGGCCUCAUCUACUCGGCGAUGCCGUUCGUGGACCUGGGCGCCCGCCGCGCCUACUUCCGGCGGUCGCUGGGCGUCGUCGCGUGCUCGCUGCGAACAAUGGCCGUCUCCUUCGCGCUGGCCGUCUACACGGUGAUCGCUCCCGUGGAUCGCUGCCUCGCUCUCGUCGUCUCCCUGAGCGCUUCCGUGGUGAUGGCGUUCGGGCAUCUGAACGUCGUGCAGACGCUUGCUCUCGCGAGAGCAUUGCAUGCUCGAAUGGGGUUCCGUCUGUCAGGGAUGCUACUGUUGAGGGUGAUGAUGCAGCUGGCGUUUGCAUACUGGUCCUACCCACUGAUUUUUGGGCUGCCGGCGUAUCUGAGAUCGCAUCGGCUCGGUGAGCAUCAACCAUGA